UAAAGUACCCAUAGUGCCGCAGAAUAACCCUUGUCUGUGUUAUAUCAUUAUAUUUUAUAUUAUUGGAUUAUUUUUACUGAUGGAUUACUGUGUAAGCAGCAUUUUCAUACUGUAACUGGUGAAGGUGAAGCUACUGACACGGUGGAUUGUUUAAUCUACAACAACGCAUCACACUUUAGAAAAUGAUCAUAAAUGUUUAUAUAAAAUCUUAACUAAAGCUGUCACAUAAAUGUUAUGGAGUUAAAAGUACAACAUUUCCCUCUGGAACGUGGUGGAGGAGAAGUAUAAGGUACCAUAACCAUAACAUGGAAAUACUGGAGUAAAGUACAAGUACCUAAAAAUUGUACGGAAGAACAGUACUUGAGUAAAUGUACUUAGUUCACCACUGCACGUUUUACAGUGCAAAAAUAAAUCUCCUCCUCUGGUAACUUAACCUAAUUUUAAUAUCCACUUCAGUAUUUUUCUGUAUAAUAAUAAUAUUCACCAGUAUUUUUGGCAAAAAGAAUAUUAUCCCUACAGCUUACAGUGAAGGUAACCUAUUGCACUAGACUUUCUCAUAGACAAAAGUGGUAAUUAUAUUCAGGCCAUGUGAAUCUUUCUUUACUUUUUCUGAAGUACCGUCUCUUCUGGCCGUGCUAAAAAGUACUUUGAUGGAUUGGAUCAGUCUCUGUGCUCGUGAACGUAUUUAUUCACCAUAACUGUAGGCGUCCCAUUGCUAGCUAAUUGUUUUAAAACACUUAAGUACCCUCUAUUUAAUUUAAACUCACUGCCUCCUCCUCGGUGCCAUGCAUUAAUUUGGCUUAAAAGGAUUAUUGGGGCAUCCAUCUUCUAAUUACACAGUUUGCGGCCUUCAAAUUGAAAAUUAAAUUGGGAGAGAGCGGCCUCAAAGACAUGAAGAAUACAUCAGAGCACCAGAGGAUACUGAAUGAAUUUAGGGCUAGAGGGAGUUAUAGGUGCAAAUAAUUGUGUUAAAUGGGAGAACUGAGAGGAUGAUAUGUUAGGCACAUUCAUAUUCACUCCUCAGCCUUAAAUGUGCAUGUCAACAAAUUUGCAUACAUUAGAAAAAGGAAGGCCAGCUGGAAAAAAAAUCUCUUAAUUGACUUUAGAUAGGUGUAUUGCUUGCGGGCAGUAAAAGUGGUGCUUUUGACACAUUAAUUCAUUUUGUUUACACCGAUAACACACUAUGGUAAUUGGAUUAUCACAAUAAUAAAGUUUUGAAAAAGUCUGUCUGUAGUCGUGAGGUGAUGAGUUAUAAUUUAGUGAAAAUUGUGCCAUAAAAAGUAAUCACUGCUGUCUACAUUAGCUGUAGGUUGGUAAAUAAGUGAAUAAACAACUAAUGGCUGAUGAUUCUAAGAGGAUGGUGGAGUUUGUUCAGCCGCUUUCCCAGCAUAAAAAGGUGUAAAAAGACCUCUGAAAGUGAGAAAGUGUCGGGGCGUGAUUUCACAGGCCUUUGCCAAUUGUCCACUCAGGGGGGUUCGCAGCUCUAACUGCAUUUGCCGUUGGGUAAUUGCCGUAGUUAGAAUGUGCCUGAUUUGAGGGCAGCGUCAGCAGCAGUUUGCCGCUAGCUGAGAUUUAUUGGGGAGAGGUUGAGGGGAACACCUGGUGCAGAAAGUUCACAGUCCUCGCAGAAGCAACAGAUGGAGCCAAGGAUGCAAGAGGGGAAGGUGGGACGGAUGAAUGUGGCCGCAAAAAACCACACAGAGGUGACGAUCUGCUGAGGACCAUGUAGUUUUUAGCAUGUGGUUUGCAUCAGGUGAAACAAAACUUGUGAUUUCAGAGAGGGCUUAAUACCAUUUUUUACGACAGCUGAGGACGUGAUAUAUACACAAAAAUAAGAGUUUAGCAGUUGCUAUAGAAACUUUAGGUGUAAUGUUAAUGUCCCAAACACUAUGCAUUAAAUCUGGUCACAUCAGACUUCAGACGACAGAUAUUUAAUACACAGCGAAUUCAUUAUUCAAUUUUCUCCUCUCUCUUUAACGUGGUUCAUUCCAUGGGUGGACUAUUUAGCUUCUGAAGAGCUCAAUCAGAAAAAAUCUUUUUAAAAUUUGUUCAGUGAGUGAAAGAUUUGUGUACUCAGCUUAAUUUGACAGUCACAAAACUUGUCCAUUCCUGUUUGGUCAAAACCUGCAGCUGGAGGGAUUCUGCUGUUUCACGAGGGCACUUGUAGUCUCCGGUGAAAAGAGACACCUCCAGAUAUCAACUUGUCUUUUGUGCAUUUGAUUUUUGUUUACCAGUAGCUUUUUACUGUUUUUUCUUUUCUGUUGCUUGUUUUCUUUAUGUAAAGUGUCCUAGGGUUUAGAUGAAAGGCACUUCACAUCAAAUGUAUUACUAUUAUUAAUAUUAAAAUUACACAGUUUAUGUAACAUAAAGAAAUGAUAAUAAUAUAUUCAUUAAGAUUAAAAAAAACACAAACCAGUAAACAGAAAACCCUGUGUACUUCAGUAGUCAGAGUAAGUGAAACAUUAGACCGAAAUCAUUCAGUUGACUACAUUUAUAAACCCCUGCAUCAGUAUUUCAAGGAACUAGAAGCAGGAGGAGGUUCAAGGGUCAAAACAAAAGAAAAACUGCACAGAGGUCAAUAGCUCUGGCUAAGCAGACUUUGAGCCGUGGUAAUCAGCCUGCAUAUGUUGAUCAAGUACUAUGCGGCUAUGUAACCUCAUCCUCUUACAUAAGCUGAGAUAAAUAACCUUAACCCCUGUUUGAUAUACCUGUUAACAGCUGUAACUUGAGUCACAGAGUGUGACUUAGGUGCAUACCCUAUAAGAGAGUCUGAAUUUAGAACAAAUCAAAAGAUCAGAGAACAUUGUUAUCUUAGUGCUUUUUGCAAGAACGGACUAAUAUGCAUUUCAUGGAAAACUGAACUUGCCUCAUGAAAAAUGUCCUUUUUAAAAAAACAUUUUCUGUGAAUUCAGGACAGACGUGGUCACAGUAAUGCCCUUUCUAUUGCAUUGUCAUUUAAGGGUAUGCAAUAACAUGGUCUUUAAAAAAAAUGAGAAAAACGAGCAACACCACUAAAUCCUUUUAUAAGCUUGUGCCAAAUGACGGCCUCGUCAAUACCAGUUGUUUGUCUUCUCCUGCUUAAACAGUUGUUUUUACACACCGUCGCAUAGUUUGACAGAUCUUUGAGGCUGUAAUUUAAUGUGUCAAACGGCUGUAAUGCUGUAAAACUCUGGGCUGUAUUUUUAACGUGCUCUGAUGUGUCAUGUCUGGGUGACCUCGCCAUGACUGUUCAUUUUUACCUAUUACACAACUCUUAACCUCUGUACAAUUUUCAUGCUUAUUGAGUGUUUGUGUGUGUGCGUACAUGUUUUCUUAAGCAGAACAGGGUGAGCUCUAUUCAGCAUUCAUUUACACAUGACGGACACACAUAGCUACAGCUGAAAAGGGGCAGAAUGGUUCUCCUCCUGUGGUUUGGCCUGUGGCUGCUGGCAGCUGUCCAGUCCAGUGCCGUCAAGAACUGCCACCCUGGCUGCAGCUGUGAGGUGGAAAGCUUUGGCCUGUUCGAUAGCUUCAGCCUGACCAGGGUGGACUGUCGAUGGUUGGGACCCAGCGCCACCAUGCCCAUCCCCAUCCCACUGGACACUGCCCACCUGGACCUGUCCUCCAAUGCCAUGGGCCCGCUCAGUGACACCAUGUUAGCUGGUCCAGGCUACACCACCCUCGUUAGCUUGGACCUCAGCAGCAACCAUAUUACAAAGAUAAGCCCCAAUGCUUUGUCCAAGUUGCGUUACCUGGAGACUCUGGACCUGAGCCACAACAACCUGGAGAGCCUCUCCCUGAGCUGUUUCUCUGGCCUCCCUCUGGCUGAAGUUGACCUGAGCCACAACAGCUUCCAGGAGUUCGACAUGGACGUGUUUUCUACUAAAGUCAACGGUGAACCUGUCAGCGUGGAUCUGUCUCAUAACAAGCUCGCGUCAGUCUCCGCAACUUUGCAUGGAAGAGUAUUACACAUUCAAAGCUUAAAUCUGUCAGCGAACCGACUGUCGAGUGUACCAAGGCUGGCAGGCCUUCCGCUGAGGUACCUCAAUCUGGAUGGUAACCCCAUCACACAGAUCAAAGAGGGAGCCUUUGCUCAUCUGAAAGAUCUGGUUUAUUUAUCCAUCAGUAGUCUCCAUGAGUCUCAGGAAAUUGAGCCUUACAGCUUUAAGGGCCUCCAGAGCCUCCAGGUUCUGGAUCUCUCCAACAACCACAAGCUGAAGACUCUGAGCCCUGCUGUUUUUAGCGGACUAGACUCCCUGCAAGAGCUGAAUUUGUUGGGCUCUGGUGUGGCAUCCUUGCCUAAUAACAUGUUGACCCACCUGCCCAGUAUUAAGAGUAUUACACUGGGAAGAAGCAUCCACUGCUGGAGGACCCAGAAACAGGGACAGUUCCACCGGCAGCUGGGUCAGGUCCAACACAACGAGGUUCUGAACUGUAAUGUGGAGGGCAUUGUGUUGUGAGACUGUGCCUGUGGGCAUGGGCCACGCCUUACAAGCCUGAUGCCAGAGCUGUGCCUUAUCUGCCUUGAUAUGCAAAACAACUCUCACUCAAUUACCUCUGUUUCAGGGUGAAACUUUGGAAUAUGUCUUAAAGGUUUAAUGCAGCCUUCAUGAACUCUUGACACAAGUAUCACCAGGGCUGUAAGUUUUACAAAAACAAUGGCCAAAUGUACAGCAUUUUACAUAGCACAGAACAAUAUAUCUUACCAUACACUAUAGCCUAAACUGGUAGAGAACCCUUCAUAAACCCAAAACUUUAAGUAAUGUUCAUAUUUAAUGUACUUCAUUUAAAGUGGGAUCAUUUGAAGAGUUAUUUGCACAUAUUCCAGUUGCAGAUUUAAAAAAAAAAAUAAUGCACUUACACAUGGUAAAAUGGCAUCCAGUGUAAUACACAACCUUCUGUUGACCACUAAGAAUUUUCAUUUGACUUUGAAUGUGAUGCUUUAUGGAAAUGUUUAAAGGAAUAGUUUGACAUUUUGUGAAAUGCAGGUAAUCGCUUUCUCGUUGAAAGUCAGAUGAGAAGAUUGAUGCCACUCUCAAAUCUGUUUGUUCAGUGUGAAGCUACAGCCAGCAGCCAGUUAGCUUAGCUUAGCACAA